CUUUAAAAAAAAUCGUCUCAAAAUACAAGCCAUCAAUUCAAAGUGAUUUUAAGGCAGUUUUUCGUCGAAUUUCCCUCAAAAUCAUUGUGCAAAGGUGAAAACUCGUCAAAGGCAACAACUACAAGCCGAGCAUUACAUUGGAAUUGUGUUAGUAACGCAGUGAGAUGCGUUUGAAAAUUCUUUUGUAGUUGUUGUUUUGCGUCGUCGGCCAUUAUACAUUCUAGAAAGUGUCGAAAAAAAGUGAAAACUCUGUGAAAAGUUGGGAAAACCCGUAAAAAAAUCGUAUAAAAUGGCAAGUCCGUCGCCACAAAAUAGCCCAAUGCCGCCACCGCAGGCUCCCUCGCCAUCGGCACAUCAAUCGCCGUAUCCGCCUACACAGGCAUUGCCACCACCAGGUCAUCACAUGGCACCUCAUCCUCCAGGCCCGAAUCCCGGACAACAUUUGCCUCCGCAAGGUCCCAUGCAACACGGGCCUCCACACAUGAACGGCGCUCCGCCGGGACAUCACAUGCCGCCGCAUCCGGGAAUGCAACAACAUCCCCAAGGACCGCAUCCGGGCAUGCAAAUGCCGCCGCAAGGACCUCCCAUGGGAUAUCAACAUCCGAUGCCGCCACAACCGGGUCCACCAGGUCCGCCGCAGAAUGUACAGCAAUCGGGACCACCACCACCGCAAGGUCCAAAUAUGCCUCCAGGUGCUCCGGGUCAACAGGGCGGUCCUCCAGCGCCGGGACAAGAGAAUUUAAAUGCUUUGCAACGCGCUAUUGACUCAAUGGAAGAGAAGGGAUUACAAGAAGAUCCAAGAUAUUCACAAUUGUUGGCGUUGCGUGCGAAUUCUAAACAUCAACAUCUUAACCAGAAUCAACUUAGUUUAUUGCGUGCGCAAAUAAUGGCGUAUCGUACAUUGGCCCGUAAUCAACCUUUGAACAAACAAUUGCAGGGCGUAAUUGCUGGGCAUCGAGCUCCCGAUGGAACUACGCCUCCUCCGAGUUCGACGCCGCCAGCAAGUCCUUAUCCAGGACAACAAGGUCCUAUGCCGCCAACAGGACCUCCCGGAAAGCCCUCUGGUCCCCCAGGACAACAAGGAAUGCCCGGACAACCGCCCCAAGGCCCUCCGCAAGAUCACAAACAAGGCGGCGUUCCUCCCGCUGGUGGCAUGCCUCCAAACCAAAGCCCAGUCCCGGGCAUGACAAAUCCGCAGCAAGGCCCAAUGGCGCAACAACCGCCCCAACAACAAGGUCCUCCCCGCCCCGGCCAAUCAGCACCCGGUGGACCCAUGCAAAAGCAAAAUCGCGUCACGACAGUCGCAAAACCCGCUGGCUUGGAUCCCAUCGUCUUGUUGCAGGAGCGCGAAAAUCGCAUGGCAGCCCGUAUCGCCUUGCGAAUCGAGGAAUUGACAAAUUUACCGACUACAAUGCCCGAAGAUUUACGCAUUCAGGCACAAAUUGAGCUACGUGCGUUGCGUGUCUUGAACUUCCAGCGUCAGUUACGGAGCGAAAUUGUGCAAUGCACGCGCAAAGACACGACGUUGGAGACAGCGGUCAAUGUAAAAGCCUACAAAAGAACCAAGAGACAGGGCUUGCGCGAAGCUCGUGCCACCGAGAAACUCGAAAAACAACAAAAAUUGGAAGCCGAACGAAAACGCAGACAAAAACAUCAAGAAUUUUUGGCUUCUGUGUUGCAACAUGGCAAAGACUUUAAGGAAUAUCAUCGCAAUAACACUGCUCGUUUGGGUCGCAUCAACAAGGCAAUUCUCAAUUAUCACGCAAAUGCCGAGCGCGAACAAAAGAAGGAGCAAGAACGCAUCGAAAAGGAACGUAUGCGUCGUUUGAUGGCCGAAGACGAAGAAGGUUACCGUAAACUUAUCGAUCAGAAGAAGGACAAACGUUUGGCUUUCUUGUUGUCACAAACGGACGAAUAUAUUAGCAACUUGACCGAGAUGGUGAAACAACACAAAGUCGACCAACAAAAGAAAAAGGAAGACGAACUCGAUCGCAAAAAGAAACGCAAACGCCAAAUUUUGGAAACUGGCGACUUUGACAACAUCGAAGACGGAUGCGAGGCUCUCGAUUGUCACGUAACCGUUGUAGAGACCGCAACUGGCAAGACAUUGACCGGAGAUGAUGCCCCCUUGCUGCGUAACUUGCAACAAUGGCUCAAAUAUCAUCCCGGAUGGGAAUUUGUCAUUUCCGACAACGAAGAUUCGGAUAACGAGGACGACGAACGGAAACAAAAGGAAGAAAAAGACGCGAAAGACGGCAAAGAUUCGGAAGACAAAGCCUUGGAGGUCAUCAAAAAGGCAAAAGUUGAAGAUGACGAAUACAAAACGGAAGAACAAACAUAUUACAGCAUCGCUCACACGGUUCACGAACGCGUCACCGAACAAGCCAGCAUCUUGGUCAACGGUAAACUCAAGGAAUACCAAAUUAAGGGCUUGGAAUGGCUCGUUUCGCUGUUCAAUAACAAUUUGAAUGGAAUUCUCGCUGACGAAAUGGGUUUGGGUAAAACUAUUCAAACGAUUGCUCUCGUCACGUAUCUCAUGGAACGCAAAAAAGUCAAUGGCCCAUUUUUAAUUAUUGUCCCACUUUCAACACUGUCUAAUUGGGUGUUGGAAUUCGAGAAAUGGUCACCAUCGGUGAUUGUCGUUGCUUAUAAGGGAUCCCCACAAGGGCGUCGUUCCGUGCAAAAUCAAAUGAAAGCGACAAAAUUCAACGUUUUGCUCACGACAUACGAGUACAUCAUCAAAGACAAGGCAGUUUUGGCGAAAAUUCCGUGGAAAUACAUGAUCAUCGACGAGGGACAUCGUAUGAAGAACCAUCAUUGCAAAUUGACGCAAAUCUUGAACACGCAUUAUAUCGCGCCAUUCCGUCUUUUGUUGACCGGUACUCCGUUGCAGAAUAAAUUGCCGGAAUUAUGGGCUCUUUUGAAUUUCUUGUUGCCCUCGAUUUUCAAGUCUUGUUCCACUUUUGAGCAAUGGUUUAAUGCGCCCUUCGCCACUACCGGUGAAAAAGUCGAGCUGAAUGAGGAAGAAACGAUUCUUAUUAUUCGUCGUUUGCACAAAGUAUUGCGUCCCUUCUUGCUGCGACGCUUGAAAAAGGAGGUAGAAUCGCAAUUGCCGGACAAAGUUGAGUAUAUCAUCAAGUGUGAGAUGUCGGGAUUGCAACGUGUCUUGUACAAACACAUGCAAAGUCGUGGAGUUUUGCUGACAGACGGUUCAGAAAAGGGAAAUAAAGGCAAAGGAGGGUCCAAGGCACUCAUGAACACCAUUGUGCAGCUCCGUAAGUUGUGUAAUCAUCCCUUCAUGUUCCAACACAUCGAGGAAAAAUAUUCCGAUCACAUUGGCGGCUCAUCGGGCAUCGUUUCCGGUCCCGAUUUGUAUCGCGUUUCCGGUAAAUUUGAACUUUUGGAUCGUAUUUUGCCGAAACUCAAGGCUACCGGUCAUCGUGUCCUGCUUUUCUGUCAAAUGACGCAAUGCAUGACCAUCAUCGAGGAUUACUUGUCGUGGCGUAAUUACGGCUAUUUGCGUCUCGAUGGUACCACAAAGUCGGAAGAACGUGGCGAUUUGUUGAAAAAAUUCAACUGCAAAAAUUCGGAUUAUUUCAUUUUCUUGCUAUCGACACGUGCCGGAGGUCUCGGUUUGAAUUUGCAAACAGCCGAUACGGUUGUCAUCUUCGAUUCCGAUUGGAAUCCGCAUCAGGAUUUGCAGGCGCAGGAUCGUGCCCAUCGUAUUGGGCAGCGAAACGAGGUGCGUGUGCUCCGUUUGAUGACUGUCAAUUCCGUGGAGGAGCGUAUUUUGGCGGCAGCUCGUUACAAGUUGAAUAUGGACGAGAAAGUCAUUCAAGCUGGCAUGUUCGAUCAGAAAUCCACGGGAAGCGAACGUCAACAAUUUUUGCAGACAAUUUUGCAUCAAGACGAGGAAGAUGGCGAGGAGGAAAAUGAAGUCCCUGAUGACGAAACUGUCAAUGCGAUGAUUUCGCGGUCUGAGGAGGAGCUCGAAUUGUUCAAAAAAAUGGACGAAGAACGCAAGGAACGAGAUGCUGCCGAUCCGACAUUCACAAGUCGUUUGAUCGAAGAGUCCGAGUUGCCUGAUUGGCUUACAAAGGAGGAAAUUGAGGAGGAAAAAUGGGACUUUGAGGAUGAACAAGCGAUUUUGGGACGUGGAUCGCGUCAACGCAAGGAAGUCGAUUACACGGACAGUCUCACGGAGAAGGAAUGGCUCAAGGCGAUCGAUGACGGAGCCGAUUUCGACGAAGAGCUCGAGGAGGAAGAGCGUGAAAAGAAACGCAAGAGUCGUAAAAAGCGCAAAAAGGAAGAUUCGGAUGACGAUAGUGUGCUUUCGACCAUGGUAACGAAACGCAAAAAGGGCAUUACAGACCCGAAAAUCAAAGAUAUGAUGAAAAAAGUGAUGAAAUUGGUUGUCAAGUACACCGACGAGGAUGGACGUGUCUUGAGCGAGCCUUUCAUGAAGCUGCCAUCACGCAAAGAACUUCCCGAUUAUUAUGAAGUCAUCAAACGACCCUUGGAUAUCAAGAAAAUGAUGGCGCGCAUCGACGAAGCAAAAUACGUCGAUUUUGAUGACUUGCAAAAGGACUUUUUCCAGUUGUGUCAAAACGCACAGACCUAUAAUGAGGAAGCUUCUCUCAUCUACGAAGACAGUGUCGUACUGCAGACCGUUUUCACGAAUGCCCGAGCAAAGGUGGAAAGUGGACAACCCAUUUCUGAGUCGGAAGAUGAAGAAGAAUCUGACGAGGAAUCGAGCAGUGUGAAAAUGAAGAUGAAAAUGAGCAAAACCCCAGCUCCAUCUAGUUCUAAAAAGUCAACGCCACGCCGAAAACGCGCCCAGAAAAAAUACGCAAUUUCAGACGAUGAUGACGAUGACAUGGAUUAAAAUUUAAAAAUUUACAUUUAAUCAAUUUUAGUCUUUAGGAGGUUUUUCCUUUUUUUUUAAUUCUUAAUUUUUUUCUUGUCACACCGACUAUUGUAAAAAUAUUUGAACAUAAAAAUGCGUAUUACCAACUAACGGAUUUAAUCUCGAUCAUUGAUGAAAACUAACACUAAGGAUAAUAUUUAGAAUUUUUAGACUUAAAGUAAUCAAAAACAAGAUAUUCACAGUAGAAUUUAUGUCAAUUGACUUGCAACAUGGGAUGUUGUUCGUCAAUUUAUUUAAAGA